AUGCCCCUUAUACUGAACAAAACGGACAUCAGCCCGCCGGCUCGGGUCAGCCUCAUGUUGCUGGAGAUCCUCGGCCUAGACGUGGAACUGAGGGACGUGGACCUGAGGAGCGGCGCCCACCGCACGCCCGAGUACCUCGCCAAGAACCCCACACACACGGACCAGCUCUACCCCAGUGAUGCACAGAAGCGGGCGGUUGUGGACUUCCAGCUGUAUCUCGACGCGUCCACCGUGUACGCCGCGUUCCAGGCGGCUAUGGAGGACGUCAUGUCGAACGGGGCGACAGCCAUAAGCGACAAGCACGUUAAGGCCUUCGACGAGGCGUACGGAUUCCUCGACACGUAUCUUCAGAGGGGCGCGUAUCUUGCGGGUGAUCAGCUCACGCUGGCGGAUAUAUCGGCGGUGGCUACGGUCUCCGCUAUGUCGGGACUAGUCGCCGUAGACGCGAAGCAUAUCAAGCUGGACCAGUGGUUUGCGAAGCUGACCAAGAACGACUGGUACCAGAACAACGCUGCAGGAAAUCCUGCCCUUAUCUCCUACAUCACACAGAGGAUGAAGACCAACUCUGCC